UGAAAGUAGAGUUUGGGCAAUAUGGAAACAAUAAUCUCGAGGUCUCACUUUAUCUCCUUAUCUCUUUUAAUUUAACUGUUUUUUGUUAUUGAUAAACACAAGAACAAAAGAAACAAGAACAAAAGACAGGUAAAGCCUAGUGAUCGAUCAAUAUAGGGGAAACUUAGCUAGCUGUUUGUCAUUAAGGGGGAAAUGUCUAUAAAAGGUGCCCAUUCUAUGUCUGGUUCAGAUUCAGAUUCUGAUGCAACAAUUGAACCUGAGCCUUAUGAAAAUUCUCCAGAUCUGUUUGAAAGUUCAGAACCUGAAGAUGAAAAGAAACCUGUUUUGAAUCCAAAAGCAAAGAAGGAAGGGGUGAAUAAAAAACGAAAGGAACAAUCAAAUCAAAGGGAAAAUGAACAAAAGCAAAAGCAUCCUGAUAGCUUAACUUUACACAAGAAACCUUUAAUCCAUGAAAUUUCUGACGAUGAACAAGAAGCAAAUGUGUCCUCCACUCCACACUCAUCUCAUAAAUCAGAUAGUGAUUCUGAAACUGAACAGUUAAAACAAAAAAUAUUGAAUCUGAAGAGGAUAUCAACUAACAAUUCAAAAGUGCCUAAUAAAAAAGAAAAAAGUAACUGGAAACCAACAUGUGAAUUUGGCCCCAAAUGUUACAGGAAAAAUCCUUCUCACAUUGCAGAGUUUUAUCAUCCUGCUAAAGAAUCUCCAUCCAAACGGAAACUUGAAGGGGAAGAUAUAGGGAAUGGGUCACAUUAUAAGAGACAGAAAACUGACCACUCUCCUUCCACAUCCAGGUUAAAGAGUUCUAAUAGUAGAAAUGUCUGUGAUAUUGAUUUCCUUAAAUCAAACCAGCCUUAUAGUUUUUAUUUAACUAAAGUUACUGGUAUAGAGGAUAAAUAUAAUAAUGUUGGUGCUGUUCAUAUACAGGAUAUUCUGUCAGAAUCAAUGGGGAAUUUGGUAGAAUCAUGCCAGUUUAAUUAUAUGUUUGAUAUAGACUGGCUUAUACAACAAUAUCCUAAACCCUUUAGGCAAGUUUUACUUUUUGCUCUUUAUAGUUCUCCUAGAGUACCAAUAACCAAAAAUAAACCAUUAUUAAUUGUGCAUGGUGAACAGAGAGGUAGUUUAGCUGAUCUACAAAGGGAUGCUUCAAGAUAUUCCAAUGUAUCACUUUGUCAGGCAAAACUAGAGAUCAUGUAUGGAACUCAUCAUACAAAGAUGAUGUUAUUAUUAUAUGACAAUGGUUUAAGAGUUGUUAUAACAACAGCUAAUGGUAUCAAAGGUGACUGGCAUCAGAAAACACAAGGUGUAUGGAUAAGUCCAGUGUUCCCCAAAUUACCAGAUGAAGGUGGUCUAGAUAUUGGAGAUUCUUCUACAAAUUUUAAAAAAGAUUUAUGUCAAUACAUAACAGCUUAUAGACAUGCCAAGUUAAAAAUAUGGGAAAAACAUUUAAAAGCCCAUGAUAUGUCGUCUGCCAAAGUGUUUAUAAUAGGUUCUGUACCAGGAAGACAUACAGAUAGAGUGAAGGAUAUUUGGGGGCAUUUAAAGUUACGUAAGAUAUUACACAAACAUGGUCCAGACAGUAAAGUGGUCAAAGAUUGGCCUAUUAUUGGUCAGUUUUCAAGUAUUGGAUCAUUAGGUCCUACUGUAGAAUCCUGGGUUUCUAGUGAAUUGGUCAAAUCACUGUCAGCAUCAAAAGGAAUAAUGGCACCAUAUGAUUAUUGUAGUAAAUUACAGUUGGUAUUUCCGUCAGUAGAGAAUAUUAGGAUGAGUCUAGAAGGUUACGGGGCUGGUAAUUCCGUACCUUAUAGUAUAGAAACAGCCAGAAAACAAAAAUAUAUUCAUCAAUUUUUCAGACAGUGGAAAUCAGACGGAAGAGGUAGAAGUCAAGCUUGUCCACAUAUUAAAACUUAUCUACGUCCAGAUCCUCAAUUUAAAAAAGCAGCAUGGUUUCUAGUUACAAGUGCGAAUUUAUCAAAAGCUGCCUGGGGAGUCUUAGAAAAGAAUGGAAGUCAACUGAUGAUACGAUCAUAUGAGAUUGGAGUUUUAUUUCUUCCUCAAUUUUUAACUGGUGAAGAAACUUUCCCUGUAUCAUCUGAUAUUAAUACAUUCCCAUCAUCAUCUAUAUUUCCCCUACCCUAUGAUCUACCACCAUCUACAUAUAAUAAAGGAGACCGACCAUGGAUGUGGGAUGUACCCUGUGUUCACUUACCAGAUACAAAAGGCAAUAAAUAUUGUCCACCAAUGAAAUAGUAACUUUUUGAAAAAAACAGCAUGGUUUACUUUUGUAGUGCAAUGAAUUCUAAUGAAGACAUUUGAUAAUCAAGAUUCUAAUCAAUUUUAAUGAAUAUAUUCUUUACUUUAAUAAAAUCCAAACACUU